AUGUCCUCCAUCACCAGCUCCAAUGAGACCCUGGUGAGCCACCAAACCUUUGUCCUGAUUGGCAUCCCUGGGAUGCAGGAGAAGAACUCUUGGGUGGCCUUCCCACUGUUUGUGCUCUAUGCCCUGACUCUGCUUGGGAACAUCACGAUCCUAUAUAUCAUCAAGACCAACCAAAGCCUCCAUGAGCCCAUGUACUUCUUCCUUUCCAUGCUCGCCUGCUCGGAUCUGGGCCUCUGCUUCUCCACCAUGCCAACUAUUCUGAGUGUGUAUUGGUUUGACUCUGGGGAAAUCCCACUCAAUGGCUGCAUCAGCCAGAUGUUCUUUAUCCAUGCAUUGCAAGGGAUUGAGUCCGGCAUUCUUGUGGCAAUGGCUUUUGACCGCUUGAUUGCCAUCCGUGAUCCACUGAGGUACAAAUCACUUAUUCCAAAUACAGUCAUUGUAAAAAUAGGAAUAGCUAUCUUAUCCAGAGGUUUCUGUUUUUGUUUCCCAUUCCCCUUUCUCAUUAAACGGCUCCCUUUCUGUAGAUCUAAUGUCCUUUCUCACUCCUACUGUCUCCACCAAGAUGCCAUGAAGUUAGCCUGUGCAGACAUAAAGGUCAACAUUUUCUAUGGUUUGAUAAUAGCUGUUUGCACUUUAGGGACGGACAUUGUUAUCAUUCUUGCAUCAUAUGUCAUGAUCCUGAAGACUGUUUUGAGCAUUGCCUCUCAUGAAGAAUGCUUCAAGGCUCUGAACACCUGCGUGGCCCACGUUUCUGCCAUCCUGAUUUUCUAUGUCCCAAUGAUUGGCAUUGCUGUGGUACAUCGAUACGGGAAGCACCUCUCCCCCAUUGUCCACAUGCUGAUGGCAAACACAUUUGUUAUGGUUCCACCACUUCUCAAUCCUGUUGUGUACUGUGUAAAGACCCAGCAAAUUCGGCAAAGGGUAUGGAAUAUACUGCACUUUAAAAAAAAGUUGGGUUUGAUAUUUCUACCGAAAUAAAAUUCUCUGAUGAAAGGAAGAUAAAGUAGUUUAUAUUUAGGGAUAGAUGGAUCCAUCCCAGGUCAUCUCUGUUUUUGUUUUUGUUUUCAAUAUGAUUUUCAGUUAUUUACAUUUCAAUUGUUUUACGAUCAUUUUAACAUUUUGAUAUUCGACUUCCUCCUCUUUCUGCAGUUCCUUAGAUAUAUUUUUUUAUAUUUCCUGCAUAUUCCAAAUUAACUUAACUUGUUCAUUUAUUCAUCCACUUUAAAUAAAACUGCAGGUCAUUACAAUAAUUCUGCCAAUGUUCUUAUCUUUUUACACUUCGUUUUUAAAUAUUCCAUAAACCAUUUCCAUCCUUUUAUAAAAAGUUUGUUAUCUUGAUUUCUUAUUCUUCCAGUAAAUUUCACCAUUUCUGCAUAUUCCAUGUUUUUGUAUCAAUUCUUCCUUUGCUGGGACUUCUGCUUCUUUCCAUUUUUGGGCAAGUAACAUUUUUGCUUCUGUAGUAGCAUACAUAAAUAAGUUUCUAUACAGUUUGUGUAGUUCUGCCCCUAUAAUUCCAAAAAAGGAAAGCUUCUGGGUUUUUUACAAAUGUAAAAUGUAGAAAUGCAUCCCAGAUUAUUUCUGAAUUUGUUUACUAUUGAGUCUGUUUUGUCCUUUUUAUUCUGAUAUGUUUAAUGGCAGACACUGAGCAAUUCUGCACAGGAUUCACAGUACAUUUCCGAGCACAAUUCAAAGUGCUGGUGUUGACCUUUAAAGCCCUAAAUGGCCUCGGCCCAGUAUACCUGAAGGAGCGUCUCCACCCCCAUCGUUCUGCCCGGACACUGAGGUCCAGCGCCGAGGGCCUUCUGGCGGUUCCCUCAUUGCGAGAAGCAAAGCUACAGGGAACCAGGCAGAGGGCCUUCUCGGUAGUGGCACCCACCCUGUGGAACGUCCUCCCAUCAGAUGUCAAAGCGAUAAACAACUACCUGACUUUCAGAAGACAUCUUAAGGCCACCCUGUUCAGGGAAGUUUUUAAUGUGUGAUAUUUUAGUGUAUUUUUGGUUUCUAUGGAAGCCGCUCAGAGUGGUUGGGGAAACCCAGCCAGAUGGGCGGGGUACAAAUAAUAAAUUAUUAUUAUUAUUAUUAUUAUUAUUAUUAUUAUUCCAUACACAAAGAAGAAGAAAGAUUAAUACUUAGGAAUAGGGCUGUUGAUGGAGAAUAAUACUUUUUUUCUUUAAAAUUGUACCUUCCUGAAAACUCCAUUUUCUUUUGAGCCUGUGGCCAAGCUAAACUGCAUGAGCAAUAUUUACCUCUUACAGUGCAGAACGGGUUGCUUUUUAGGUAGCAGAUGUUUGCUCCAGAACACUGAAAAGAAUAAACUGAUAAAGCGCAUGGCAACUGCUGUAUGCAGGAAAGGAGGGUUGGCUAGGCUAGGUGAUUAUGCUUAAACCUGAAAUGAUAUCAGAAUGGAGAUAUUCAUCAUAGAGAGAUGAGAGAGGAGGCUGAUGGAUCCAAUGGGUUUCCAGGUGGCUCUGGGAGAUUUCCUGGCUGAUAUCACUGGAGCUCCUGGCAAAGACCUGGCCAACUUCUGGAACAUCCAGAUGGCUCAGGCCAUUGAUAUGAUCACCCCUGAGUGCCCUUUCCCACCUCAUGGAGCCCCUUGGCUCCCUGGUAUACUCCAGUGCAUAGGAUGAGGAAACAUACUGGAAGAUGUCUUGAACAUGAGUGAAGGAGAGAUUUGGUCAAAUGCAAUGGGGAGGGCUCAUUAUCAAGCCUACCUAGAGGCAGUGUAGACAGCAAAGAAGGCAUACUCCAUUGAAUCCUCACUAUGCCAUCCAGCAGAGCUUUCCUGUCUAGUAUUGUUUGCAAAGCAUUUUGAGGAUAAAAUCACUUUCAUCCACCAAGAUCUUGACUCCACUGUUUUAGCAGCUGAAACUCAAGGGGUGUCCAGAGCACAGUCUAGUCCUGUUAUGUUGCAUGAGUUUCAGUUGGUGAGGCUCAAGGAUGUGGACAAGGUGCUUGGAUCGGUCAGGGUGACGCUCUAGACCAGGCAUGGCCAAACUUGGCCACCCAGCUGUUUUGGGACUACAACUCCCAUCAUCCCUAGCUAACAGGACCAGUGGUCAGGGAUGAUGGGAAUUGCAAUCCCAAAAGAGCUCGAGGGCCAAGUUUGGCCAUGCCUGCUCUAGACCUUUGCCUCUCUUGGCUGGUAAAAGCCAGCAGGGUGUGGGUGUUAGUUUCUGUUUGCCACUGUGUAGUGUUUUGGAGUCACAAGACUCUGUUUUGCAUUCCACACAUUCCAUACUGUUGGAAGUCUCACGGAAGACAGGAGACGGAUGUGACGUUACUGAUUUCCUGUUCCUUUGUUGUUCAGUUGCUCUCUGCUCUCACAGAGAGAGGAUGUAUAUUUAUUUUCUGUCUGCAUAGCUUAGAAAAUAAAUCAUAGCGAUGUAGCCAUAAAUCUCAUCACUUCCAUGUGCUGCUUUGAUUCUCUGCUGAAUGGGGGAUGUGCCUGGAGCCUUGUCAGAGGCUCAGGUUGUCAAUCACGUCGGAGACGAUUCCGGAGGACUUGGCCGGAGGAGGAAUCUCUGCUCGACCGAGCUGAUAAAGCUCAUCCUCCUCCGCUUGGUGAAUCGUACCUUCCUGCGGAGUAAAGGACACGAACAGGUGUUUGUCUUUGCAGACGUGCCGGGUCACUCCUGAGUCAAUGAUGAAGAAAGAUCUAGACGUCUUCCGGACCUUUGGCGUGUAGCAUGAGACCAUAACCUUGUGUUGCAUUGUCUUGGACUUCUGACCUUUGCCUUUUCCACGCGAGCUGGCUGGGUCAAGAAUGUGAUCAAUGCCUCUUUAGGAGAGGGGGUGGUCCCUGCCAGUUUGAAGGGGCACAUCUUUAAAGAGACACAGCUUCAGGCGCCAAGCAAAAACAUUCCUCUUCAACCAGGCCUUUGACUGAUUAACACCCAAUGACUUUUAAAAGUGUUGAGGGGGGUGAAGCAAUAUUGGGUUGUUUUCUUAUUCUUAUUAUUAUUAUUAUGUAUCCUGCGGUUUUUAUCCUGUAUUUUUAUGUUGUGAACUGCCCUGAGAUCUAAGGAUGAAGAACGGUAUACAAAUGUAAUAAAUAACUCCAUUUGACUGAUUAAUUGCCACCUGUGAUCCACUGACAUGCAGAUCACUUCUCCCAAAUUCUUUAACUGCAACAUUUGGUGCAGCUAUCUUGUUCAGAGGUCUUGGUUUGUGCUUCCUAUUUCCUUUUCUUAUUAAACGGCUCCCUUUCUGUAGAUCCAAUGUCGUUUCUCACUCUGACUGGUGAAAACAACUUCUUUAACCAAAAGUGGAUUGAUUAAGUCAGGCCAAAUCAAACAUGCUCAUAAACACAAUAUCUAGGCAGGACUCCCCUGCAGAUCCCAGGGCCUGACCUGGCAGAAAUGGGGAGAGGCGCUCCAUCAGGUACUUGGUUCUCAGGUUGUGUGGGGCUUUGUACAUUAAAAAAAAAAACCACAUUGGCCCCGGUUGCAAAUAGGCAAACACACAGUUCACACACGGUUGGUGUUACAUGAUCCCUUUCUGUUGCACCACUUGCAAUGCAUGCAGCAGACUUUGGAAUCCACUGCAGCUCCUGGACUACCCUGAAGGGUAGCUCCUCGUAGAGUGAACUGUAGCAAUCCAGUUGCGAAAGCCAUAAGAGUAUAGGUCCAUGUGCCCCAUAAUUGUCCUUCUCUGGUCAAGCCCUGCAUCUAGGAGCGGAACCCCUUCUUGAGGUGUCUUGUCUGUGGCAUCAGGUAUCAGUAACGAAAAACCUCUAGGUCUCACCUCAGCCAUAGAAUCAAGGACCAAAUGAAGCUGAGUUUCUUUGCCCUUUAUGUGCUCUGCAAAUUUCCCCUGUAUGGGGCAAAGUCGUUGUGAUUUAAAUAGGAUUUCUCAGCUCUGCGUGGAUAGUUUUUCCCGUUUUUAUGCUCUUAGCCUCAUUCAUCUUCAUUUUUUGUCAUAUUUGGUUAAGUUCUACUAAGCAGAACUCAUGGGCGCCCAUCAAAGCUGAAUGUUGGAAGAUCUGGUGCAGUUAAAAGAAAUAACACAUUUGAGCAAUGCAGAGUUAAACUGUGGAACUCUCUCCCACUGGAGGCAAUGAUGCCCACCAACUUGGAUGGCUUUAAAGGAGGAUUAGACAAGAAGAAGAAGAAGAGUUUGGAUUUGAUAUCCCGCCUUUCACUCCCUUUAAGGAGUCUCAAAGCGGCUAACAUUCUCCUUUCCCUUCCUUCCCACAACAAACACUCUGUGAGGUGAGUGGGGCUGAGAGACUUCAGAGAAGUGUGACUGGCCCAAGGUCACCCAGCAGCUGCAUGUGGAGGAGCGGAGACUCGAACCCGGUUCCCCAGAUUACAAGACUACCGCUCUUAACCACUACACCACACUGGCUCUCACAUGGAGAAAAGGCACACCUGCAGCAUUGCUUUUUCUGGUUUGAUGAAGAUAUGGUGAGUUUUUCUUAAAGUAUUGAAAAGCAACUUUUUAAUGAUUUUAUUGUGUGUGUGUACCACCAUCCUACAGGUUGAGCGAUGGAAUAUGAAUGAAAUGUACUAACUAACUAACUAACUAACUAACUAUCACUGUUCUCGCAGCUGACAAUUGUUUGUUUACUACUUGAAACUCUUUUAGAGUUUACAGCAAUGUCAUUCGUUUACCCAGACUCAGAUUUUAGGGGUCUUCAGAUCUGCAUGGAGAAUGAGACCUCCCUGUUAGGAUAGUCUGUAUGCAUCCCACUUCUCUGGUUAUACAAAAGAGGGGAGCGCCGAGUGAUCUCUGGAAUGCCUCUGAGAGCAGAACUGCAAGUCCUUGCACAGGAUGCCUGGAUGUGUCCUUCUACUUGCAGCAGGGAUUUCAGAAAUCUCCUCCCAAGGGGGUUCAGCAAUUUUCUGGUGGUUUGGGAGCAGCUGGCCUCACUGAGGAAAUACAUUUUUGCUACAACCCUUUGUGCCAUAAAAAGCGCAGAUGGGAUCCUUCUUGGAGCAGCAAAGACAGGCUCAGCGUCCCUCCUGGGAGAACUCAUACCAGGUACACAGCCUGGGCCAUAAAGUCAGGUAAGUGCAACAGACGCCAUAAGACACGAGGGAGAGAGAGAGUUUUCCAUUGAUCAGCUUCAGAGAGGUCUUCCUCAAUCAAGAGGCCACGAGAUGAUGGAAACUGUUCUGAUUUUAUUCUCAUGCUCAUAUUUGGGGGGUUGUAAAUAUUGUGCAUAUCAGAGUUCUUGCUAAUUGUUAGUUUCAGGUAAUAAGAGAAGAACAGUGACACGUUUAUGGGAAGCUAUCACAUAUAUGUACUGUGGUAUCACUGCUGAAUUUUGAUGAGAAUAAUUAUUAUCUUUUCCAAUACGGUUAUUAUGGUCCUUAUCAUGAAACUUAAAAUGCUGCAAUUCAUAGUGGGUCAGCCAGAGAGAGAUUGGGAUUCAAUGUAGAGUUUCAUAUUGGGGGGAUGGUUUGGGCCAGUCAGGAAAACAGCUGGUUCCUGGAACAGGAGACAAUAAUUUGGAGUUUGCACUGCGUUUCUGUUGCUUAUUGUGAACAGGAGCAUUGCCCAGGGAUAUAGAGGACAAGGUCUACAGAACAAUGGAAUGGUAGAAGCUUUCGUUUGAGAACUGUAGCUUAUAUAAAGCCUGACUGUUUCAGACAGGAAAAAGCAUUAACAACCUCUUAAAGAAAAACAGAUUUAUGUAAGAUUUCCUUCACUCUUUAAUAUUUAUUUAUCUUCCUCUGCAAAUAGCUUGGUGGUUCUUAUCUUCUGCAAGCAAAAUCUAAUUUCAGCACUUUUUAUUCAGUGUUGUUUGUAUUUUUCUUUUUGUGUUAAAAAUUACUCUAUCAAUAUUCUCUUUCUUCAUAUUUCAGCUUCUGAUCAUCUCUGGAUGGGGCUGUAAAAAGGACCUCCGUUUCAAGGUGUCUUCGAAGACGAGCAAGAGGAGGGGUGACUGCUACCCAAUCCUUCCCUUGUAGUCAUUUGGGCAGAUAAUUUCUAAUUCAGCAAUGUCACUGUAUUUUUUAUUUCUGUUUUGCAGAUGAGAAACUGGGAAUCUUUAUGAUAGGGUUGGAGUGUUAUUUGGCCAGGAUAGGAGGUGAAAUGAAGCAGCAUUCAGGACUGUUCUUCCUUCCUUGAAUAGAGGCUCUAACACAAAUUUUGCUGUUGAAUUAAAACAGAAUAUGUAUCCCCUUUCAUAAAGGCAAUAUGACAUUGACAGAAUCUGUAAGGUUGUAUAAAAAUCUCUAAUAUACAGAUCAAUUUUAAGACUCCUUCAACUCCUUUCACCAAAAGCAUUUGGGGGAUGAUUUCACCUCUGACCAGCUCCAAUGAUAGCAUUAUGAGCCACCAAACCUUUGUCCUGAUUGGCAUCCCUGGGAUGCAGGAGAAGAACUCUUGGGUGGCCUUCCCACUGUUUGUGCUCUACGCCCUGACUCUGCUUGGGAACAUCACGAUCCUCUAUGUCAUCAAGAUUGACCAAAGCCUCCAUGAGCCCAUGUACUUCUUCCUUUGCCUGCUCGCCUGCUCGGAUCUGGGCCUCUGCAUCUCCACCAUGCCAACUAUGCUGGGGGUCUACUGGUUUGACUCUGGGGAAAUCCCACUCAAUGGCUGCAUCAGCCAGAUGUUCUUUAUCCAUAUAUUACAAGCAAUAGAGUCUGGCAUUCUUGUGGCAAUGGCUUUUGACCGCUUGGUUGCCAUCCGUGGUCCACUGAGAUACAGGUCACUUCUCUCAAAUUCAGUCAUUGCAAAAAUAGGUAUAGCUAUCUUAUCCAGAGGUCUCUGUGUCUGCUUCCCAUUCCCCUUUCUCAUUAAACGGCUCCCUUUCUGCAAAUCCAAUGUCCUUUCUCACUCCUACUGUCUCCACCAAGAUGCCAUGAAGUUAGCCUGCGCAGACACAAGAGUCAACGUUUUAUAUGGUUUGAUCGCAGUCAUGUGCACAGUUCUGUUGGAUGCUCUUGUAAUUCUUGUAUCUUAUAUUCUGAUCCUGAAGACAGUUUUGAGCAUUGCUUCUCGAAAAGAGUGUCUGAAGGCUCUCAACACCUGUGUGGCCCACAUUUCUGCCAUCUUGAUCUUCUACGUCCCAAUGAUUGGCAUCACAGUGGUACAUCGAUACGGGAAGCACCUUUCCCCCAUUGUCCACAUGCUGAUGGCCAACAUAUUUGUUGCGGUCCCACCACUUCUCAAUCCUUUUGUGUACAGUGUGAAUACCCCGCAGAUUCGGCAAAGGAUAUGCAACAUAUUGCAGCUGAAAAGAACUAGGGGUUGA